AUGUUACAAUAUUAUGAACCAAGUGUAAGACCAGUUAUUAAUGCUCAAUCUAUAGUAAAUAUUUCAUUUCGAAUGGAACUUACUCAAUUAUUUGAACUUGAAGAAAAAACGCAAGUAUUAACAACAAAUGUACGUAUUGAACAAAAAUGGAAAGAUGAAAAUCUUGGUUGGAAUCAAUCAGAAUAUGAUGGUAUACGUGGUAUACGUUUACCAUCACAUCAUAUUUGGUUACCUGAUAGUUAUAUUUAUAAUGCAGCAUUUGAUCUUUCAAGUGAUACACCAACACAAGGUGUUAUCAAUGGACCUUAUGUAAUGGUUUAUCAUACAGGUGAAGUUGUUUUUCCUGUAUUAAUGAAAUUACGUACAUCAUGUAAAGUAAAUAUUCAAUAUUUUCCAUUUGAUCGACAAAUAUGUGGUCUAAAAUUUGCAUCAUGGAUAUAUGAUAUAUCAUCGAUUAAUUAUGUACUUGUUCCAAAUGUAAAUGUUCAACAAGAAUCGGACGGUAUACGAAAUAGUGGUUGGACUAUACUUGCUAUUAAAGAAGGUCUUGUAUGGCGAACAAAAAAUAAUAAAACAUAUGGAGAGUUAGUUUAUGGUGUUCAUAUUCGUCGUCGUCCAUUAUAUUAUAUAUUCAAUGUGAUAAUUCCAUGUGCCAUGCUUUCAUGUUUAACUUGUAUGUCUUUUUGGUUACCGACAUCAUCUGGGGAAAAAGUAACUCUUGGUUUAACUUGUUUUGUUGCAUUUUCUGUUUUUAUGCUAAUGGUUGCUGAAAAAGUUCCUGCUACAUCAGAUACGGUACCCAUAAUAGGAAUCUAUUUAACAAUUGUUAUGAGCUUAACAUCAAUAUCGGUAAUAAUGGCUGUGAUCGUUGCUAAUGUUUAUCAACAUGCAGCAAUGUGCACAAAUCAAAAACAUCGUGCACCACAAUGGUUAAUUAAAUUUGCACUUACAUAUCUGUCAUCUAUUCUUCGUAUGUACGACACGGUUAAAACUGUUCUUGAGCAGAAAGUAAGAGAAUAUUCUUUAUUUGCAUGA